AUGGAUGGGGGAAAUGAGAAAGAAUUGGGUAGAAAGCCAACUCCAACUGAGUUGUUUGUCCAUACUCACACUCGAAAGCAUGACAAGGAAACUUUUGUGGACCAAAAAUCCAAAGAGAUGCAUGACGCUAUAGUAGCUAGGAGGGAGGAGCUGACACAAACCACACCUGACAACAUUGAUGAAAAUCAACUUUAUUUAGACGUAGUCAGAGGUGGGGAGAAGAGACGGAAAGUGUAUGGCCUUGGAUCUGAAUCAUCUACUUUUUACCCAUUAGUUGGAGCAUCUUCUAGCAGGGUGUCUGCAUCAUACAAUUAUCAAAAUGCUGCAUUACAACGACGAGUACAAGAAUUAGAGAAACAGCUUGAGGAUGAGAGGCAAGCAAUGACAGAACAAAUGGAUCAAAUGAAGUUGGAAAUGGAGACGAAUAUGGAACGCAUGAGAAGCUCUAUGAUGGAAGAAAUGAUGAGAUUAGUCAGAGAUCUACCAACAUCUCUGCCUCCACCUCCACAAAAUUGAGAGCAUAGAAUUUUAUAUUUGACUUAUUAAACUUUAGUUUGCUUUACUUUACUUCUAUGAAUUUUAUAUUAAUUUAUUAUA